GUCGACACUACCGGACGAGUAAUCGCGAUUCGCGAUCAAUUGUGAUCCGAAGUAUGAAAUAGAAGCGAACAGCCACUGAUAGGAAAGAAAGCUCGAGGGAUACAAAUAGGGCUGCGGUGGCAGUCCAGAGGUCCUGCACAGAGAACCGAUUUUCUCCCACUGCUCGAAAAAAUCAGUCACAUAACAACCUUCGUUCCAAGAACCAGGACAAGUCUUCAUACGAACAACCCAUAAUAAUCAUGAGUGAAGAAGCUGCCCAUCCAACUCAUCCCGAUGAUAUUUUAGAGAAGCAUCCAAGUGCUCCUUAUCCAGACAUUUACUACGAGCCGGGGAAAUCUUCACACGGUCUUCCAUAUGAUCCCUUCAAGAGUAUCGUCAUCCCCAGACCCAUUGGCUGGAUCAGCACAACGUCCGUCGACGGGCAAGACAACUUAGCUCCGUUCAGCCAAUUCACCAACGUUGCGUUUGACCCGCCUACGAUUCUCUUCAUCGGCCAUGGGUCUCAUUAUAAAAAUCGGAGCAAGGACUCUGUCGUCAACGCCCGUGAGACUGGGGAAUUCGUCUGGAAUUUGGCAACGUAUGGGCUCAGGGAAAAGAUGAACGAGAGUGCUAUGGAGACCUGGGAAGACGAAUUCCCUUUGGCCAAUGUCACGAAAGCCCCUUCAAGAAUCGUUCGUCCCCCACGCGUUGCGGAAUCUCCUAUCCACUAUGAAUGCAAGACAUGGAGCGUCAUUCAGGUGCCAGGAAAUUCUCGUGUCGGAUGUUCUGAUAUCGUCAUUGGGCGUGUUGUAGCCGUCCAUAUCAAAGGAGAGGUUAUUACAGGAGAUGGCCUUAUUGAUGUGUUGAAAGCAAGGCCGUUAGCUAGGCUUGGCUAUCACCAGUAUACGAGUAUCGAGAGCGUUUUUGAGAUGAUCGUGCCGUUGAUGCCAGAUGACACAAUAGGCGCUGCUGUGCUUGGGGGAGACAAAGCAAAGGUGUCAGAAGAGAUGGCAAUAAGGAAGAAAACUUGGUUUGGCACAGCAUUCGAGGGAGCCUAACCGUUUGGAUCUCCUCGUUUAAAUUGUUCAAUUUUGGUCUUUUGAUUGCUGUAGAUUGCUGUUGGAUAUAAUGCCAAUGGAAUUAGUGUUCUCGAAAUCUCUGAG